CGAUCCCAUGUUCUGCGUAUGCGGUUGGAACGUCCAGGCGACAACGAAUUAGCGUCCGGAAGAAACAAGUCCAAUGAUAUAAAUAUCUCACCGGUGGUUCUGUUGGUUAUUCUCGCUACAAACACUGGUUACAUUCCCGCGGAGUGCGGUUCUGUAAAGUCUGGAACCAAAUCUCACUACCAAGUGAUGAUUGAGGGAAAUUAACAUGUCAGCACAGCUGCAAAGACACAGGGAAAAGGCCACCACUGAACUUGACGACCUUUUGCACAUCAGCCCAAGCCAGCUGCAAUUGAGUCUAUCAGACACGAUUAAGCCUACUGACAAACUCAUCCCAGAAGAAUUCUCUAUUCACAGCCAGCCGAACUCCCGCAAGUAUGCUGAAACCCGGUUCAUUGCCCAGAACAGCAUUAGCCUGCUCUUCACCUCAGGCCGUUGCCGCAUUUGCUCAGAUAGCGGAUAUGAAUUUCCUGCGGUCCACGACAGAUUCGUGGAUCUGCGUUGCUCUUCUCCAAUGAGUUUUGAAUUUGUUGUCUGGGAUAGACAUCGCCAAAACUCGAAAAAAUCCAAACCUAAUUUUAGGUUAGGUUUGGGUCGAAAUCUUCAACCCAGCGCUGGGUUUGGGUUAAGACCUUCGACCCAAACCCAGAGCUGGGGCUCCAAAGUGGGUUUUGGGAGCCCAAAAUCAGGUACAAAGAAUACGAAGACGAGCAAACUCGUGGCUGCAUAAUUUAUGCAUACUUCGGUCUGUAUUUUUAAGUCGUUUUGGUUUUAUAUUACGUCCAUAUUUUCCGAGUUCUGGUUGUCCGCAAAAUUAUGAUUAAAUGAA